AUGGCCUCGCCGGCCCAGCAGCCUGUCGCAGGGCCGUCUUGCACCCGCACUCUCGACCUCGCCGCCCUCGCCACACCGCCACCGCACCUCCUUCACUCGCACGACGUCCGCGCCUUCUUCGUCGCCGCGCUCGAUGGCACCGGCGCCCCCAUCGAUGAGCUCCAGCCGCAACUCGACGAGCUCGUCGACAUGAUCUCGAAGCACCUCAUCGUCGCCUCGCGCGGCAAGCGCACGUCGAUCGCCCACUGGCUGCUCGGGCUCGAGGAGGUCGUGAGCGCUCGUCUCACGGGGCGCGCGCUCGAGGUCUGGACGCGGCGUGUGUCUGAGGCCGGCGGCGACGCGGUCGACAGCGGCGACGACUACCAGGGCGUGGGCGAUGGCGUCAAGAGUGCGGCGAGCACGUCGGCCGGUGCACCUCCUGUCGCUCGCGGCGCCGUCAUCUCGGCACUUCUUCCCUCCACCGCCGUCGCUGCUGCCGCCAAGCACGCGCCCGACCCGCAGCAGCAGCUCGGCAACGCCGCCGACGCGCAGGCCCGCCGCAGCGAGAUGCGCUGCCUAAGGCGCGAGGUCGAGAUCCUGCGCCACGAGCUGCAUCGAGCGGGUCUGCGCGCGCCCCUCGUCUCGUCCGACCUGCGCGGCGUCAACUACGGCUACAAGGGCGCCGGCGGCGUCGUGCACGCCGAGCAGCUUGUCUCGGGAGCGAUGAGCGCAGAGGAGCAGGCGAGGCGCUUCGACCGGGCAGACAGGCUGGAGCGGGUCAAGAGGCAGGGCCUCGCGGCGCCGCAGCGUGCCGGCGUCUCGAAGCCGGAACGCUCGAGCGGCCCGCACGGCCAGAGGCGGGAGGAGGACGCCUGA